ACGCUCUGGCUGAACUAACACUAAACCGGUGUCAACCCAACAACAUCGCGCGGCGGUUCCCGUUUGGUCGACUUCAAAGUGAAUAGCAGCUAAUGCCCGAUGUCAAGGCUGGAGGAAGGACGAAGCUAGAAGAACCCAAUGUUGAGUCAGCUAACAAGGUGCAGUGGAAAGGCUCUCAGUACAAAAAGGGACUCUUUCUGUGUUUAAACCAAGGAGUUGAGGACCUGGAAGACCUGAGCUACCUGCAGGAGAGUGACCUCCUUUCUUUCCUGAGACCAAUUGAAGCCAGGAAACUUCUGUCACUGCUCAAAAAGUCAAGCCAACAAGAUGUCUUGGACAGUCCUCCAAGCAACCAGAGCAACCAACAGUUCAGCAGAGCCAGUACCAGUACAAGUCCAGUAACACAGUCUGACGAGAUGCACCUUUCUGCAGGGAAGCCUGACAGCCUGCUGCGCAUGAACACUCAUGCUAGGAGUCACUCAGACCAGACAGGAACCAGCACUGCCACUGAGGAGGCCCCACUAGGAGGUGGAGUUGGGUCGCGGAGAAAAGCAGCAUGGAGCUGCCGAGAUGGACCUGAAGGGACAUUACUGAAGAUGGUGCUGGCUCCUGCCUGGUCUAGGAGACUUGUCUUGCAGUCGGCAGGCAGAUCUCCGGUCAGGCUUUUCUGCUGUGCAUUGGAGCGGAACGCCACCAAAAGAAAACUUGCAGUCAGUCCAAAGGUUCUCACACUGAUCACCAGAAUUGCAGACUAA